UAUCUCUCACGUGCGCAGCACGCUGUAGAGACGAGCCGCCACUUCUUCCUUCAAUUACACUUCGGUCAGCGUCAUCACCCCCGGUGACACGGCGUCGUUUUGCUACCCUUGUGAGUCGUGCCUGUCGUCACACCAAACCAUCCAUGCAUUUAUUGAGCAAGAAUACUUGAGUGCGGCUGCCGUCGACCUCGCCCGCCCGGCAUCAUUCAAGGUUCUCCAGGUGAACUUUUUGGUUCAAGCUUCUGAAGAUUUCCGCUACUCGGAGUAAGGAGAGUUGUGGCGAGAUUUUUCUAUAAUCUGUCGAAAUUGCACCUGGAUCUAAAUUGGUAAAGUGACUGAUUUAUCAUCAAUGGCGGCGGCUUCAUCAUGUAUCAAAAUGGCGCAUAGCAAGAUUUUACGAAGCGAAGACCUUUCGUCUAAUUGCUUUAGCGCCAAGAAUUUGAUGCUUACUCGUCGUUAUUCCAGAAUUAGAGUGACUAAAACCGACGGUCAUUUGCUGUGUAAAUGGAAAAAGUUGAGCGCUAUGGUGGUUAAUCAAAUGAAUCCCGAGCUUGAGCAACAGUCGAGUAUAUCAGUGCCUACUGUUAAUAAGGAAGGGGACAGAGAUUAUAUGGAAAUGGAUGCUAACGUUUUGGGAAAAGGUUAUGCUUACGUACCUGAAAAUCAGAAUGAUGAUGCUAAUGGGGGUAUGGGUGGUAAUGAUAUUACUGAUGGAAGUGGUGGAAAUGGUAAAUUUUCUGGCGGUGGAGGGGGAGGCGGGGGUGGUGGCGAUAAUUGGGACAACAGUAGUGAUGAUUAUGAAGAGAAGGAGUUUGGUCCACUGCUGAAGUUUGACGAGGUGAUUAGAGAGACCGAAUCAAGAGGGGCUAGUCUUCCAGCUGAUAUGUUGGAAGCUGCAAAGACCAUGGGGCUUCGGAAAGUACUAUUGCAAAGAUAUUUGGAUUUGCAGGGAUCAACGUGGCCACUUGGAUUUUUAAUGAGGUCGUGUGCCAUGCUCAGGAACAGAAUGUUGGCUGAUCCAUCAUUCCUUUUCAAGAUUGGAACGGAGAUAGUAAUUGAUUCCUGUUGUGCAACAUUUGCCGAAGUAAAAAAGAGAGGGAAGGACUUUUGGGCAGAAUUUGAACUGUAUGCUGCUGAUCUUAUAGUGGGAACAGUUGUUAAUAUUGCUCUAGUUGGCAUGCUAGCUCCAUAUGCUCGAAUCGGACAGCCAUCAGCAUCUCAAGGCAUGUUCGGUCGUAUGAUGAGAGCCUAUGCAGCACUUCCCAGCAGUGUUUUUGAAGCAGAGAGGCCAGGGUCUAGAUUUUCUGUAAAUCAAAGGAUUGCUACAUAUUUUUACAAGGGAAUUCUGUAUGGAUUGGUUGGGUUUGGAUGUGGUAUUAUUGGACAAGGAAUCGCAAACCUAAUAAUGACAGCCAAACGGAACAUUAAAAAGUCCGAGGAUGACAUUCCAAUACCACCACUGUUUAAGAGCGCAGCUCUUUGGGGAUUUUUCUUGGCUGUGUCAUCCAACACCCGGUACCAGAUCAUCAACGGGCUGGAACGCUUGGUUGAAGCAUCUCCAGUGGCAAAGAGAACUCCACCUGUUGCUAUGGCUUUCACAGUUGGUGUGCGGUUUGCAAACAACGUGUACGGCGGCAUGCAGUUUGUGGAUUGGGCUAGGAUGACUGGUGUGCAAUAGACGGAAAGAAGAAACCUAAAAUCUUAUUUAAACUAUCUGAGGAUCCUUCCAGCUUUAGAUCUCCUCCUAAUCCUGAAAACUAAUUUAAUAAACCUUCCAUGGCCCUGGCCAGAGCUAAUGAUCGAUUUGGAACGAUUGGCUUUA